UAUGAAUCAACAACUUUUAGGAUGGGUGCUUCUGAGCUUGAUAUCGGCAGCUUAUGUUCUUCCCACACUGGCCCACCCAACAGACUCCAUGGCUUUGGCCAAGAAGAUAGCAGAAAAGCCUAAUAGCUCGAAGAAAGUCAUCCUCGAGGAUCGAAACGAUCUUGACGAUGUCUCCACCAAUCAAAUUAGUCAAGCAGAUGGAGGUUUCUCCUGGAGCAAUAUGUUGGGCAUGGUAAUGCAACUGCUCUUCAAUCCAUCAGGCUUGAACCAGCAAGUUGGACCAAGUAAAUCUGAGGGCUUAGAUACUGAUCAG